UAAUGGGGUUGGUUGGGGUUGGAUUCCGACACCUGUUGGAAUCUUGUAGGGUUAGUAAAUUUCUAGAGUUAGAUUUGAGGGGAGGGCUUAAGCUGACGCCAAUCGGAAGAAUGCUGAGGAAUAAUCUGAAAGAUGAAUUUCGCCGUGGGGAAGCUGGAAUGGCUGUUUAUGAGGGAAGCAAUGGGAUUUCUUUGGGGGAGAACCUUCGGUUUGCAAGGGAAACAUUUGCGAUCGAUCUUCCGUUUGGAAUUGCCGUCGAGGAAACGUUUGUGAACAAAUCGAUUAGACUUAACGAGAAUCAUGAAUUUCAUUUGGAGAAUGGGUCGUGGCUCACGUGUUCGUAUUUUGUGAAUCCAUCGAUGAGCACUGAAUUCAUGUACAAGAUUCAACGGCAGCGGAAGAUUUGGUGGAUGCGAUAUGCUUGCGAUCCCGGACGGUACUUGAUAUCCGAUGUUCGUCAGAGUGCGGACAGUAAAGUGCAAUCGGUGGCCAUCAAAGCUCGUUUUGCAGACGAAGAAGUGGCCUUGGAACAGUUGGAAUUGGUGCCGGGCGAUGUCAUGCGAGAUCUCAUGGAAGACUUUCAGGUGAAAGUCGGCAAAUCUAGCAGGAAGAUCACACCCAAUGUGCUGCAGAUAAGGCAAUGCGCCGAACUGGCUACGUUGGAGGUGAUUUUAGAUGCUUUCGAGAGCUCUGGAAGUAGCAGUGUGAGGAUUCAUCGCAAGCUGGCCCCAUACAAGUGUGGGGUCGUGUGCAUUUCCGAUGAUUCAGAACAGCUCAACGAGCUGCAGGAUUUGGCUAAACAUCUGUGCAACGUUCUGAGAAAAUCAAACAUCACCAUCCUGGACUGCUCUACCAAAGCUGGAAACAGCAAGCAGUCUCUAAAUAAGCAACUUCGACAUCUAGAUUCCAUUGCAGUUCCUUACUGCUUGCUUCUACAAGACCAAAGUCUACAAAACGGACUCUUUCAGCUACGCUCCCGGGACACCACCCUCAGCGAAACGAUUCAUAUUUCCGACUUGCCGAACUAUUUAUUAAAAAUUAUAACAAGUUAG